UCCUCCUCCCCCCUAGCCGCCGCUCCAGCCAGCCACACCGCACAUAACACACACACUCUCUCUCGCCAUGGACACCGCCGAUGAGCGGGAGACGCCGAUAAGUUGGAGAAUCUCUUUCCCAUUAGACGCCAAAAGACGAGCAAGAGACGAUGCGCUUACAGGAACGCCUCAAAGACCUACGGCUUCAGGAGGAAAUUUGGCGUAUCCUUUCCAAGAUUUGCGCCUAUGAGGGGACGGAGACGAUCUCGAGUCCGAUACCCAUCUUAGUUUACUCGACAUCAGACCCACAGCUUUGGGAGGCCGCUGUCCGCUACCAGGAGCAAGUCGGUGGGAGAGUAAGAUUUCCCCUUCUGUAUCUCAAGGUGGACAACGAGUCCGGGAAGGUUGUGGACGUGGGAAAGUACUGGGACGAUCGGCACGGCGUGGGAGAACCUAGAGGUCGUUUCAAGUCAUUCAAAUGGUUUGCGGACAAGCAUAAAAUGUUUACGGCUGAAGCUGAAACAGCAUCCUCCACCAAAUCGACUGCACAACUUCAGCAGCACUCGUAUUCAGAGGAGGAAGAUUUGACCAUGUACAAAUCCCAUCAACAAUUACAGGUCUCAGAGGAGAAAGAUACAACCAUAGAAGAAAACUCAGAGAAAAAGUGGCAUGCACGUCUCAUAGAUGAAUACAUUCGUGGAAUAUUGGAAGGGAAUGAUAACUCAGAUACGGAGAUUGAGGACGAUGAGAAUGUUCUCUCUAAGAGUCCUGUGGAAGUUGACCCAUGUGCUAUUGGUCAAUUUCAACAUUUCAAGGAGAUGAAUUCUCUCCGUGAAGAAUGUGUCACUCCAAACCCUAAGAAUGUUGACAGCUCAUCAAAAAUAUCAUCGCAACAAGGACAUGCCAAAUUGGCAGCAGGUUCUUCUAGCUCACACUAUAAGGCAGUGGGAUAUCAUGAGUAUGCCGAUCUAAUCAAUCGAAUAAACAAGGGUGUACAACUCUAUUCUAAUAGCAUGCAAGAACUUUCUCAGAAAGGAACAGGUGGACUUAGUGAAGCGUUCGUGGCAUUCAGAAACUAUUUUGUAGAAAAGGAUGUUUUUGAGGAAAUUGAUUACAAAUUCGGAGAAAUAUUGCAUCACUGCUCUCGUACUGUGGGAAUUAGGAAGAUUUAUCAUCACUAUAAUUUCACAGUUGAGAUGAAAAAUGAUAAGGACUGUUGGAUCCCUAGGGUUUAUUUUGCGGAAGUCAAGAUGAAGUAUGGUUUCAAGUAUCGUUUCUGUGCUCCUCUCGAGGCGACUGAUGAUGGUCAAUGUUAUUCGUGCAAGAACCAAGGUAUUGAUAAACUCAAGCACCCAUCUAGAGGAGGGUACUCAAAAGGUUAUGAUGGUGCUGUAUGCAACCACCUUGGUGAGGAUAGUUCUGAUGAAGAGGACGAACUUAUGUAACCACCUGCUAACUAGCCAGAGCCUUUAGGCAUUAGAGCCAGAAGCGAAACUGAUCGAGUGGCAGAGAAGCCAAACAGAGAGUUGAUACUUAAGCUGUAUUUAUAUAAAUUUGUGCCUUCUGUCGGCAAGUUGUGCCAACUUUAGCUAUUUAUAUAAAAUUAGUUUGUACAAAGUACUUACGCACACACCUUAGCUUUGCAGCUUCGCUAAUUAAGUGCUACCAUGUACUUGAGCCAUAUGUGCUGUAUUGGGUAUUUUGCAAAUUUACAUUUAUCAUAUAUUUGCAUAAA